AUUUGACAUAUAUAUACUAUAUAUAUAUUAAUUAUAUUAUUCAUAUGGAAAAAAUACAGAAACAGCUUGAAAAUUGCAGGAUAAAUGACCAAAAAGCAUCAUCAGAAGAAAGUUUAUCUUUUAAAUCAAUAGAUCAUCAAAAAAAUUUACAAAAAUCCGUUAAAAAAGACAUUUAUUCUACUAAAAAUGACAUUAUUACUUAUCAACAGGAUUUUUUAGAUAACAUAAAAUACACAAAUUCUGAAGAAAAACAUAAUAGCUUUUCAGAAAAAUAUAUUGAACAGGAUCCAGUUCUUUUUUCAUUAAAAACUGAUAAUCCUGCACUAUCUUCUCUAGAAUUACCAGAUGAAGCAUUUCAUAUUCAGAAUUUUUCAGGUAUACCAAAGCUUAGGGAGCCAUUUAUUCUUCUUCAUAAAAUAUGUUCUCAGGAAAAACAAAGGGAAGAUAUUUAUCUACAUCCUCCUUCAUAUCUCACAGACAAUUCUAAAUAUUAUGUUUUUCAAUCUGAAAUUUUAAUUGCAAGAGCUUUAACAUCUGAAGGAUCCUUAAAACAGACUCUUCACUUUGAUCUAGAUGUAAAAGACUAUGUGUUAAAUAAAGAUGAGACCUGGAGCAUUGGUGGUACUAUUGGAAUUUGGGUUCCUAACCUUAAAAAUGUUGUAGAUGAAAUAUUUGAGAUUCUUAAUAUUUCCAAAGACAAAGCAGAUGAACAGAUUAUAUUAGAAAUAAAAGGUGGUAAAUGGCCAGUAAUGAGGGACAAUGUUUAUCCUCAAAAAAUUAAAACUACUAGAAGAGACUUGUUAACAUGGACAGUGGAUAUUCAAUCAAUGCCACCUAAGAAAAAUCUUCUGAGAGUACUUAUGGAAUAUGCAAAAGAUCCAUUAGACAAACAGCUUUUAGCCUUUUUAUGUUCAAAAGAAGGUCAAAAAUCAUUUUCAAAUCUUUGUCUUCAAAAAUGUAUCACACUUUCACAUUUGUUAUUAGCAUUUCCUUCAUGCAAACCAUCUUUUGAACAUUUACUUUCAGUAUUAACACCUUUAUCUCCUCGAAAGUAUUCUCUUUCUAAUGAUCCAUCAUUAUCUCCAGGAAUUUUACAAAUAGCUCUUACAAUUUUACAAAUACCGCAUUGGAAAGGUGGUACACGGCCUGGUGUUGCUUCUGCAUACUUUGAACAGAUAUUUUAUGAAUAUAUUAAUAGGAAAAAAACAAAUAUUAUGAAAGAAACACUACAUAAAUUAUCUAUCUCUAUAUUUAGGGACCAUAUAAAUCCUUUUGCACACAAUGCGUAUGCACCUGGAUCUAGGAUUUUCAUAGGUGUAGGCGUAGGUAUUGCUCCCUUUCGUGGAUUUAUUCAAAAUCGUCUUCAAGACUUAACAUGUCUUGAAAAUCUAUGGAUAAUUCAAGGCUGCCGUGAUUCAAAAUUGGAUGAAAUAUACUCUGGGGAAUGGGGUUUAUUUAAUACAUCUAAGAAUAGAAUUAUUGUGGAAAGUCGUGUGGGGAAAAAGGAACAUGUUCAAGAUAUAAUCAAACAAAAAGGAAAAUUGAUAUGGGAAGUUAUUAAUAGUAAAGAUGGUCGUAUAUAUGUAUGUGGACCAGGCAUUACAUUUACUAGAUCAAUUGAUGAAUGUCUUAUUAGGAUUGCUAUGGAACAGGAAGGAUAUACUCGUGAAGAUGCAAUUAAGAAAUGGAAAGAAUUUGAAGAUCCAUCUGUCUUUAAAUAUAUUAAAGAGGCAUGGUAAUUCCCUUGUACCUAAACACACAGAAAUAUUUCAUAUAUAAAAACUC